AUGGCGGAACAGUUAGGGCAUAUAUUGGCCAAGUAUGUGAAGGAUAGGGGUCUAGUUCGUAACAAGGAGCAAUAUACGGAAUUCCUAGGGCAAGAUGUAACAGCGCUACUCGACGAAUUUGUGGGAUAUAUGGAGGAUGAGAACCUAGACAGCUAUGCAUCUAAUUGUUCAAACAGGGGUUACACAUAUCCGCCAAAGGGAAACAGACCGAUCGUAGCUAACGUGGGGGACAGAAUUAUGUGCACACUCAUGACAGGAGCAUUAUAUUUCAUGAAUGGGUGGGGUUCGAAGUCCGUCAGGACGGACCAUACCGACCCUAAGAAUGCAGCGUUACAGGCACGUAUAAGGUGCGCCAUAGUAAAUAUAUUUAUGUACAUAUUGCUGAAAUCUCCAUGCAAAAGUGACAUGGGCAUACAUUAUGCAUGGUACCCUGUGACAGCGAUGGACACAGCUAUGGGUGGAUUAAUUAAGCAAGGCAAGUGCCGCAAGGGAGUGUUUACACAAAUAAAAAUACAGGAAUUCGACAUGGAAAACAUGAUUAAGAAAUGGUUAGAGGACAACCAGAGCUUGACUGAAAAAUUUGCAGGGCCCGCAAUACAAAGCACAUGUAAGAAACCAUUAAGGGCACUCGUAAGCGGAACAAAGGGUACAAAUACAAUGGAUGACAAGCUACAGGUGGACACCGUGAGCACAGAAGUUAUAACGCACUUAGGCCCAGACAUCAAGGUAUUGGUUCGGAAGGUGCCGCAGGAGCUCAUGCAACCGGCGAGGGCACAUGCUACAUCCCCAAAUCAUGACUCUCCCGCCGAAGCCUCGGACGCACCUGCAACAACACAGGCUGCAGCAUCGCCGGCAACAUCAUCAUCACCCCACGUACCGAUAGCGGCGAGAGAGAAGAAGACAGAGCAGGAGUCCACGUCGAAAACUUCAGGGAAAGAAAAAGGAACUCAGUUGUCACAGGGGCCAAAGGGAACAGGGACACCACCACAACAAGGAAGAGCAGAUACAACAGCAGGGGACGCCGUACCAUCAGCAUCCGUGUCACCCCAGGCAGAGCUAUCAUUACCACCAGAGGGUGGAGCAUCCGGUACAGGAGGAUCCUCAACAACUAAGUCAGGAGCGGAGGCACAGACGCCACAGCCCACUGUUACCACAAACGUGACGGAUACAGGUUCCGGUCAGGAAGAUGUAACCACCGAAAAGUCAACAUGUGGUCCUAGCGCGCAUACCAAGGUAACUCAAGUGGGUGCAGCUACCGCAACAACCACGAUUACCCCUGUAACCCCAAUUCCUGCGUCCGGAUGUCCAGGUACUGGGGAACCGACCGAUCCGCAGAGUACUUCCGCGGCGGAUCCAUCACCAGGAGCACAAGCACCAGCAGCGGCAGCACCGAAAGCACAAGCAGAACAAGAACCAGCAACCACAACAACAUCCUCCAGUGGAGCAGAAGGGGCACCAACAUCUGCUCCUGCCCCUAGCCCCGGGGACCAAGUGGUAGAUGGCGCCGGUAAGGCGGGCGGCAACGAUGACCCCCCUCCUCUCAAUCCACCCAAACCAAAACCGAACCCGAACCCAAAUCAAUCGGGUAGUAGUGCCAGUUUCAGUGAUGCCGAUUUGGCGGAUGGAGUUUCUGGUGUAGGUGGUGGCGAAGGUGGGGAUGGAGGAGGUUCCUCUGGACCAGGUUCUACUGGUGACCAAAACCCUGGUUCCUCAACACCCGCAUCCACCGACACUGUGAAUCCAGGUUCCUCUGGUACUGGAAGCACAGCACAAGCUCAGCCUGGAGGUAGUCAAACAGGACCAGGAGCGGCACCAACGGAACAUAAUGGAAGUGGUUUAACAAAAACAGACGACACGGAUGACAUAAUGCAUGACCAAGGCACAUCCUGGCCCGGCCUCACAUGGGAAGAUGUCAAGCCGUACACCCCCGCGCUCAUUCCCGCGGUGGUUGGUAUUGGGCUCAUUGCGUUUUUCCUCUGGAAGGUAAGCACAAAACCACGCGCAACGCACAAGCACGCACAAAUAUAA